UCACGAAGCCAUUUUCGGUCUGAUUUUCGCUGGAACUAACAGGAAUCACUGUCUCUGGCAAGGGGCAGAUGGAGUGGUGGCCCGUACGUCCCCAUACUCAUUUGAAGAUCUGGCAGAUUGUCUGUUGUUCGCAUUACCUUUCUCCUUGUUGCGACAAUCCCUGGAAACAUGACCCUGCAUCCCGCAAUGAUAGCUGAUUCGAUUCUCUUUACAAUCCUUACACUUGUGAUCCAGCUUAUUGCAGAUGUAGCAUUGUACUGUUGUGUUGAAAACUCUGUGUUCUUCUUUCUGCAUCUCAUUCAGUUGUCUUAGUGCUUCAAUGAAACCAACAGCUGAUUCUACUGCUUCCUGAAAUGUUUUACAUCAUGCGAAUCGAACAGCUUUGUUUACUUCCUCUCCGAGCAACCCAUGAAUGAAUGUGUCCAAGGCUCUGGUUGGCUUUGAACAACUGAAUGCGAUUUUCAUUUUUAUCUUCUACUAAGUCAUAUGUUUGAGCGUUGAUGUUUCGAAUUCUGUCGGCAAACUGCUUGAUAGAUUCGUCUCGUCGCAUUCGCAAACUGUAAAGCUGCUGUCUGUAAAAUCUGAUCGCUUUAUUACGUUUAAAUCUCUGAAUAACAAUCGUUCUAAACUCAUUGUAAUCUUUUGUUUUCACACAAUCAUUAAUGAAAUAUUGUGCUGCUCCCUGGAUUCUUAAUUUGGCAACCAUUAGCUUAUUGGAAUCUGUCCAUGAUCCUAACAGGGCGGCACCUUCAAGUUUACGAAAAAACACUUUCACGUCAUCUUCGGGUUUCCCGCUAAACACUGGUACUGCUGGCAAUAAUGGAAAAUUCUUUAUUGUAGUUCUACCUGUACUGCAUGCUAUCAUUUGCCAAGUCUUUCGGAAUGUUACGCUCGCUUCUUUCUGCUCUUAACUGCUGAAUCUCUUCUUGCAGUUCAUUAAUAACAGUUUGUAGGUCAACAUUGUUAUUCUGACUGGAUUGCGACAUUUUGUGUAAUUUAACGCCAAUGAGUCACUCAAAUGUAAAAUAAAAAUCCAUCACUGCCUUUCAUAUUCUAGCCAAACUGGAGUAGACCAACCUGAAUUCCAGCAUUGGAUGUCCCUGCGUAGUCAGAAGAUGUUUAUGCUGCUGCUGCUGCUGCUGCUGCUGCUGCUCAAAGUUCACACUGCGCUGCACAUCUUCAGGACUGUAGAUUUCCAAUAAUUAUCCCCAUGCUGACACCACUUCUAUAAGGAGGUUCAAAUGCAAACCCAACAAGAAGUUCGCCGCACAAUGUUACAAACAACAAUGGACAUAAUUCAUUCAGAUGGCAUUCUUGCUCUAAAUAAUGGACUGUCAGCUGCUAUAAUGAGGCAACUUACUUAUUCCACCUUCCGCUUUGCCUUUUAUGAGGCUGUGAAGCAACGCAUGGACCCUAAAGGAAAUAAUGUUCCUUUCCACCUUAAAAUAGGAAUAGCAGCAGUUGGUGGUACAAUUGGUGGUUUCAUUGGAACACCAGCAGAUGUAAUAAAUGUUCGUAUGCAGAAUGAUAUGAAACUUCCUCGAAACCAAAGGAGAAAUUAUCGACAUGUAUUUGAUGGGCUGGCACGCAUAUACAAAGAAGAAGGCAUGCGUGGACUUUUCUCAGGAGCGACUAUGGCUACUGGUCGAUCGAUAUUGAUGACUGUGGGUCAACUAACUUUCUAUGACCAGUGCAAAGGCAUGCUAAUGUAUUAUUUAGAUCUCAAAGACAACAUUAGCACCCACUUCCUAGCAAGCAUUGUGGCGGGAGCAGUGGCUACUACACUAACUCAACCUAUUGAUGUGCUCAAAACACGUACUAUGAAUGCCCGACCAGGAGAAUUUAAGAGUAUGUGGCAUAUUAUUCUGCACACAGCUAAGUUGGGGCCACAAGGCUUCUUCAAGGGCUACAUUCUCAGAUUUGUUCGUCUUGCCCCACACACAAUACUGACUUUUAUCUUUUUUGAGCAACUUCGUCUCAAUUUCGGCAGAAUUGUGCCUCCUGAUAGAUGAUAACAACUACAUUUAAUUAGGUUCUGCAAAAGGAUUGUAGACAUUUCUUCAUCUGGGAGAAGCUCUAGCACUCUAAUGGUAUGAAGCAGUAUUUGUAUAGUAUUUCAUUUGCUUGUGUGACUGUGAUGACAUGAUUUAUAGUUUGGAUAAAUUACUAAACAAGGCUUGUGAAUUUAUCUAGUGUAUGAAAUUGAUGAUAAAUGUAGCAGUAAAAAUACUAUUAGUUUGAAAUAUAAUGUGUUUUAUUUGAUUAAAUUCUGCAUUACUGCUGACCUUACAAUCCAUGAAGGAUAUGGGUGUGCUCUUGUCAUUAUGCCCAUUAACCCUCAAGUGGACGUGCCAAUUUUUGUAACAUGAGCAGGUAUGUGGCACAGUUUGUACAUGUAUAAAGGAUAGCUGUCUUUAUGUUAUCAGAGGAAACAUAUAUGAGCAAAAUCAAGACAAUGUUAUAAUAAACUUUUGUGCACUAAAUCACUGCUUAAUUAAACAAUAAUAAAUAAACUUUCAUCGUAUCACUAUGUUGCCAUGUACAAGUGCCCUUGGAGCAUUAAACAGCAAAGCUGCAUCAGAGCCUUGCCACAUGAUUAUUUGAUUACUAAUUAUCUUGUGGACAAGUGCAUCAUUGUGGGAUUGUGCUGCUAGCUUAGAAUCUGGACCAUUUUCUUCCAUGGAUCAUUUUUUUUUCUCAUAUAGUUUGCUGAUUAUUUUAUACUACUGCUGCUUAUUUGAAUUUAUGACAAUGCAACGUAUCAAUGUGUUGGCUGAAGCAAUGAUGAAAGAAUAGGAACAGGCUUGCAAUUGUAAAACAGCAAUGGAACAGUAGAAGGCAAUGUUAUUUGCGAUUGGCACACUUUAUAUAUAGGAAUGUCGACUCGAGGAUUAAGAGAGACCGAUGCAAUUUCUAAUGCAGGCUAAAUAGUUUCGUGGAAUAUGAGACCUAAUGGUCAAUACGACCUAAUGGUGAAUACACAAUAUCGAAUUAUUUUUCCAUUAAACAGACUAUGACACAUAUAUGUAGCAUAUAAGUGCUUAGAGGUCCAUUGCAAAGAUGGCCUACACAUGUUUUAUAAUUUUAGUGUUUCUUAGUGAUGCGUCCUAACAUCCAAAAAGAUUUUAUUCAAAUAUAUGUAGCAUAGUUUCUUUGCCAGUCAUUAUCAUGCGUGAGAAACAUUGUAGCAGUUCCUAACGAGGGCCAUAUUUUGAUAUCCACACUUGCACUUUUGUAUCACUCAUAUGGGAUUAACUGUUUGCAAUACAGUUUUAUACUGAUUUAAAUAUGACUUAAGUAAAAUAAAAAUUUGAAGCAUCUACUGGUUGACAUCCCAAGCACCUACUAAAAAUUUUGCGUUUGUAUAAUGUAGUUGUGCCUGACAUAUGAUGAGAUUCAUUUUAUUUUGUGUUCUGUUGAUGGUAAGGCAAUAAAAAACAGGUUGUUAGUUCCUUUCUUAUAUAAUGAAGGAAGAGGAAGUUUAGGAUCUUAUCAAAGGAAGCAACCACUCACUAAUUUGAAGUAAUGUAAAGGAAACAUAAAAAGUGAAGCCAAUAUGCUGAUAUUAGGCUAUGAACGCAUUUGUAUCUGUCUGUUACACAUA